AUGUCCAAUAGAAAGGAUUCCAACUCUUCCACGAAACAAGGUAUACAAUUUCCUGAGGUCAGCAUGGUGCCAAUUAUGGAUAUACAGAAACCGUUAUCGCCUCGGUUUGGCAUUUCCAAUUCAACAGGUUCGACCUCUGCAAUCAGCAAUGAUUACAACAUCCUGAAUAAUUCGAAACCUCCAGAGCAUCUUUCUGAAUUUUUUUCAUUUAUGAACACCAGAUCGCCCACCCAAGAAUCGCCGACACAUAGCGAUGUAUCGAGAGAUAUCCCGGGGGAAGACAGACAGCCAUUCAGUGACCGAAACGUGAAGAGACAACCUUCGUUGAACACGUUUACAUCGUUCUCUCCUUCAGUUUUGGACUUGCCCAAUAUCGUCACGUCCAAAGAUUUCCAUCAUAAUGUAGAGGUGUAUUCGAAUUUGUUGCAGAAGGCAGAAAAGUUGCGAAUACAGCUAUUGCAGGUGUCCAACGCAGCCAACGAUUUUGGCCAGGCUUUGGAAGAUUGCAUAGACGAUUGCCCCAAGGUGAACAACUCGAAGGUAGUGAGAGAUGGCUUAAUAAAUGCAAGCGGCUUACAGUAUAUGAUCGGCAGCAAUGAGCAAAUACUUAGUAGAUUGAUAGAGUCCAGUUUUGAAAGACCUUUGCGAAAGGAAUUGAAUGACUUGAAGACAGACUACGAAGUGAACUACUCGUUCUACCAACAGGAAAUUAAAGCCAAGUCGAAAGUCCUUCGUCAAAAGGAGUUGGAAAACCUAAAGCUUUCGAAACAAAAGACAAGAAAUCUCAAUGUGUACAAGAGCAAUCUUCUAAACUUGACGUCACAACUUGACGAAAUUGACCGUCUCAAGUACGACUACUACCACGAAGUGAACUCAAUGAUAUCUAAAUUCAACCAAGAUCAUUUGCUCAUAAAAACAGGAUCCUUGGUGAGAGCACAACUAGAGAUUGCAGAGGGUAUAGCUAGAAAAGGUUGGUCUGGUGGGGGUUUGGAUGAACUCUUAUCGGUAUCACCAGAUCUCUUUGAAACUAACGAUUCUGACGACACCGCUUUUAAAGGAACCAACGAUACCGACAAUGAAACGGGUGAUGGACUUUUAGACAAGACGAUAGAAAACAAUUUCCUUUCUGACCGGGCAAUAGCAGAAACAGAAGAGAACAAUGUCAUCGAAGAUGAUGAUGUAGGCAAUGACACUCUUGAGACAGUUAGGGCUGUAACUCCUGAUGCAAAGAAAAAUCCUGUUGUAGCCAGAGCAGGAUUAUCACCAAAUAUAGUUAGUCAGUUAAAGAAGCCGGCUGAUUCAGCAGAACAAAGCUUUGACGAAUCAUUUUCUCUACCAAUCAUCAAUAAAUCCAAUUCAUUGUUGCACAAGCUCAAUGAACAAGAGAGCUCACCGAUUCCAGACGAGAGCAUACAGAACAAUAACAUACUUGACGAACUUGAUGAGUAG